CCUUCAUUUGAUGUGACAUUCAAGCUAACCCAAAACCCUUCCAAAUCAGACGCCAACCAUCAAGUCCGCCUCUACCGCCCAGAUUUCUCUGUCGAGCCUCCAAGUUCACUUUCAAAAAGAUGAGUAAGGAGAAGACUCAAGUUGUACCCUGCAUCUUUGGGUUAUUGAACGUGGGUUUUGCUAAUCAAAUCUGUUGUUCCAAUACAUUUUUCCCACAUCUCUUUCAUCUUAGAAGAUUUCAUGUAGUAUCGAGUAAUUCGGCAUUGGUUAGUGAGAAUGCAUCGGGAAGUUCACACAUUGUGCCACGAACCAGAUUUAAGCUAGGUUUUGGAACUGCUUCGAAUGGAUUUCCAAGUUCAUAUGAGCGAUUUUCGUUGUAUUCUUUUUUCUCGACUAAGCCUAUGUCAAGGUCUUUUAGGAGGAGAGCUAGUAAGAGACGAAAAGCCAAUAGCAAACCUAGUCUUGAUGAAGAUCAAUUUCAAAGGGUGGUUUCUCAACUUCUCCCUAGGUUUAUUCCUGAAGAACUCGCUAAUCUCAUGGCCCAGCAAGAUGAUCCUCUUGUGUGUCUUGAGUUGUUCAAUUGGGCCUUGCAGCAGCCGAGGUUCAAGCACGGGAUUUGCACUUACCACAUUGUGAUAAAGAAGCUUGGUGUUGCACAAAUGUACCAAGAGAUGGAUGAUAUUGUCAACCAAGUGCUCUCUCUCUCUCAUUUUGGAAAUGAGGCUCUUUUCAACACCAUUAUUUACUUUUUUACAGAAGCUAGGAAGUUGACUCGAGCUAUCAAUAUAUUCAACCACAUGAAGAGCAGCAGAUACUUAGAUUGUAGGCCUUCAAUUAGAACCUAUAAUAUUCUUUUCUCGGCAUUUUUGAGUAGGGGAAGAAAUUCUUACAUAAACCAUGUGUAUAUGGAUACAGUUAGGUUUCUGUUUAGGCAAAUGGUGAAUGAUGGUAUUGAGCCUGAUAUUUUCUGUUUGAACUCCAUGGUUAAGGGGUAUGUACUUUCCCUUCAUGUCAAUGAUGCACUUAGGAUAUUUCACCAGAUGGGCGUGGUGUAUAACUGCUUGCCGAACGUGUUUACGUAUGAUUAUCUGAUCCACGGGCUAUGUGCCCAAGAAAGGACGUACAAUGCUAUGGAGUUAUGCAGUGAAAUGAAGACUAAAGGCUUUGUUCCAAGUUCUAAAUCAUACAACUCGCUUGUAAAUGCUUUGGCUCUCAGUGGAGAGAUUGAUGAGGCAGUGAAGUAUCUGUGGGAGAUGAUUGAGCAGCGGAGAUCGGCUGAUUUUAUUACGUACAGAACAAUAUUAGACGAGGUAUGCAGAAGAGGGAGGGUUGAGGAGGCCAUGAAGCUGUUGAAGGAGUUCCGAGAGAAAGACCUCUUGGAUGGACAUACGUACAAAAAGCUUCUGUAUGUGCUUGAAGAUGAUAUUGGACAUUCGAUGGACCAAGAUCGGUUCAGUUAGGUUGAUGCAGUUGUUUCACUUGGAAGUUUGAUGAAAGGUGAAUUCCUCUUACGUGGCAAGUAAUUCUCCCUUACAUCCGAUGCUCAGGCAGAUGUUCUCUUAUUAGAUCCACCCCAAGAAAUGGGAGCAACCCGGGGAAUGGCUAUGCCAUGCAUUUUCUCUACAUGGACAAAUCCCAAAAUAUUAAAAGGUAGAAAACCUCCUUGACACUGGCACCCUCUCCCAACGGGGUCCUUGAAUCUAAUUGUAGUUGAGGCUGUGGUUGAGUCCUUGAUUUGCUUUGUCGUCCUCACUUGGCUGAACGUCAUGCUUUUAAGCAUUGUUCGUCUUUUGUGCGUUCACAAAGUUGGCAGAUUUUGCCGAAUCUGAUUCUAAUAUGGUGGUUGCUGCAGUUAACUCCAGUAGUUUUAUUGGCCGUAAUGAAGCCCUUACGGCUGGUAUUUGUGU